UCUUUUUCCAGUUUGAUAAUAAAACAGUAUGUCAGGUGUCAGCAUUGACACAUGCCAUAUGUGAUAUAUCCACUCACUGCCAUCAUACAAUCCUCCAUGCCAAGCCCACAUACCCUGCAAUGGCGCAAGGGCCCAUCCUAUCAGGCAGAUAAGCCAAUUUGUAAGCACACACACACUCCAUAGGUCUCUUGUCAGCACACCAACCGUCCACGCAUAUUUUCACAUCUAUACCUGUUCUCGACAUCCUUCCACACUUACACGCCUCUUGAUAGCAGGAUUUAUCGAAUAUCAGAGACAGCACCAUGGAGACGGUCUCCCAACUGAGCCGCAGAAAGGCCUGUGACCUCUGCUUCGUCAAAAAGAUCAAAUGCGACAUGAUUAAACCUCAGUGCUCCAACUGCAAGCAAUACAACACCGAGUGCAAAACAACAGCAGUGCGUCGUCGGAUUGGCCGGCCGAAAGUGGCGAGGCACGACACCAACGCCAGCGCAGAGACAGACUCACCCGAUGAGCACGAAGCAGCUACGUCAAAGGUGGACAGGUGA